UUAUAAGAAGGCGGGGCCGUCGCCUCCGCUGUGGGCUGCUGCUGUUAAGCUUACUUGCUUACGUGCGUAGUUACUUGCCUAUCUAUUUAUCUACCAUCUACGUACGCACGCACACGCACUACGCACUACACGCUACGCACGCUUUACGGAUUGGGAGUUGGCCUAGUCGCUUUCGGCUAUGUUUGGCAAGAGCAAGGACAAGGAGAAGAGGCGGAGCUGGGGCGGCGAGGGCAGCAGGCCUCCGUCGAUGUUGUCGAUGAGAGGGUCACGGAGCUCAAUGGGUUCGCCACCGGCAGGCUCGCCAUUCGGUUCGCUGGCCUCACCACCCGCCUACGACGUCCCGCCACCGGUCUACCAGGAGCACAUCGAAGACGACGCGGCGGCGCGGCUGGCACAGCUCGACCUCGCGCCGGGGCGGGCCGGCGUCAAGCCCAGCGCCGACGAGUGCAUUGUGCACCUGAAGCUGCUAGAGGCGCUGCUGCAGCUGCGGCACGAGAUGGCGGGCACGGCGGGGCUGUUUGACGUGGCGGGGCCGGCGGACGAGGGGGUGGUCAAGGGCGCGGCGGCGGAGGAGGCCCUCGACCGCGUGCGCGAGAAGCGCUGGGCGGUUUACGUUGCCAGGGCUGUUGAUCGCUAUGAGGUUUGGUGGGCGACGCGCGUGCCGAGGGGCGCGGCGGGCGUGCAGAAUGCAAGGAAUUUUAGGGGCGAGGAUCUGGUUAGUGUCGCGGGCAUUGAUGAUGAAUCGGGGUUGAUGGCGAAGCCGUUUGUGUGGCGCGCGGAUGAGCUGCCUCCGCUUGAUGUGCUGAUGGUGUGGCACGCGCACACGCUGAACCCGCGCUGCUACUUCGAGGACUGCAUCCGCGUCGGCCGGCUCGACUUCUGGGCUUCCGGCUUGCCGUGGGACCUCAUCAACAAGGCCAUCGACACGACCACCUUCGAGUACGUCGCUGCUCCCGAGGCGCGCCAGGCGUGGGAGAGCGGCACCACGCUCGCGUGGGACAACCUGUUCGACCCGCCCGACAGGGAGGUGCGCUGUCCCGUGUGCCCCAAGGAUACGUACUUCCUGGUGCCGUGGAGCAGCGGGGCGGGGUACGUGGACGGCAUUGGGGGCGACUUCGUGCCGGGCACGGGCUACGCCGACAAGGACUUUGCGGCCGAGUGUCCGCAGUGCCAAUGCACAGUCACGCACGAGCUUCUGCGCGUCGCCCGCUUCCGCCGCGACGUCGGCCUCUUGCUGACAGAGGACUUGCCGCUCGCCGGCACCAUCAUCGACUACACGGGCAAGCCGCCGCCCGUGCCCGCCACCAUCGACCCGCGCAACCCCAUCCCCCCGCCCUCGUACUUCCCCAGCGGCCUGAUCAAGGCGGGCGGCUUGGCCGGCAGGCUCCUCGAGGCCACGGCUGAGCCGCCCGUGACCAUGGACACGGUCAAGAAGGUGCUGGAGGAGGGCAUGUUCGACGCGAAGCUGGUGCAGCAGUACAAGCAGGGGCAGACGACGGCGGUCAAGUUCCCGGAGCGGCGCGCCGUGCGGCGCAUGAUGAGCCGGUACUGGCAGAACGCGUCGCCGUUUGGGCUGGACCUCGUCGGGGCCGUGAUCCGGCAGGGCAGCUUCAUCGAGAAGAUGCACAAGAUCGACUGGCUGCACUCGCCCGCCCUGCGCACCACCAUGGACCGUUUGGUAGUGAAAUACUCGCGCUUUUUCGACCUCAUGGCCGCCUAUCCCCGCAAACUCGCCGUCCCCACCCUCGACGUCGACCUCGCCUGGCACACGCACCAGACCUCGCCCCAGCGCUACUACACCUACUCGACGCGGGUCGCGCACGGCAACUUCAUCGACCACGACGACAAGAUCGAGGAGACGGACCUCGACGCCGCCUUCGAAUGGACCUCGAAGGCGUACCAGAAAACCUUUGGCCAGCCCUACUCCGAAUGCACAUGCUGGUACUGCGAAGCGAUCCGGGAAUCGCACACGUCGCCGCUCUCGCGCCUGUUCCGCACGCGCUCGCACACCGCAACCACAGAGCUGCACUCCUCAGCUGCAACCACGCCCGACGACCCCCAAGCCUCCCCCCACAUCUCCGCCCACUCCGCCAUCCGCACCCCCGCCUCGACAGCGAAAGCCCGCGUCCGCGCCGCCCAGCUCGACCGCGCCUACGCCGACGCCGUGCGCCGCGCGCGCAAGGACGGCCGCCCCCUCCCCCGCCGCGACGACCCCUUCACGUCCGACGCCUGGGGCCGGCCCCGCACGCUCGACGGGCCCUACCUGCCGUACGCGGCGCCGGCGGCGCUCGUCGGCGUCGGCGUCGCGGGCGUGGGCGUCGCUGGUGCUGCCGGCGCGGCCUACGUCGCGGAUCCGUGCUUUGCGGAGACGCAGGCGGGCGCGCACGGCGCGUGCGUUGCCGGCAGCUGUGUUGGUGCGGCGGGGGUGAGUGGGGGUGGGUGUUCUGGUGGAGGCGCGGUUUGCGGUGGUGGUGGAGGUGGGUGUGGGAGCUGUGGCGCUGCGGGGGGGUGUGCGGGUGGGGGAGUGGGGAUGGGAGGCGCGUUUGGGGGCGCGUUUGGUGGCGCGGGGUGUGCGGGUGCGAGUAGUGG